AUGGCUGCCACAACUCACAUAGCCAUAGUCACGGUCCCAGUAUACAGCCAUCUACGUUCAAUUCUCGAGUUCUCCAAGCGACUAGUUCAUCUCCACCAUGACAUCAAUGUCACAUGCAUCAACCCUACAUUUGGUUCACCUUGCAACAACACCAAAUCCCUUUUCGAUUCUCUUCCCUCAACAAUUAACUACAUGUUCCUACCACCAAUAAACUUGGAGGACCUUCCACAUGACACUCACCCCGCAAUCCAAGUUCAAGUCACCAUCUCUCGUUCUUUACCUCUAAUCUAUGAUGCAUUGAAGACACUGCAUGCUAGCAGAAGACUCGUUGCAGUCAUUUCUGAUGGUUUGAUGUCACAAGUGUUGCACUUUGGCAAGGAACUUGAUACCUUGUCCUACACGUAUUUCCCAUCCACAGCUAUGUUACUAUCACUAUGCUUGUAUUCUUCCAUGCUAGACAAGACAAUUUCUUGUGAGUACAAAGACCUUUUAGAACCUAUGGAGAUUCCUGGUUGCAUUCCUAUUCUUGGGACUGAUCUACCGGACCCUCUUCAAGAUCGAUCAGGUGUAGCAUACAAGGAGUUUCUUGAAGGUAAUGAAAGGUUCUAUUUAGCUGAUGGUAUAUUGGUCAAUAACUUUUAUGAGAUAGAAGAAGAGACCAUAAAGGCCUUACAACAAGAAGAAGGAAGAGGAAUCCCUUCUGUUUAUGCAAUUGGACCCUUUGUGCAGCAAAAGGUGGCAUGCAACGACGAAAGUGACAAAGAAUGUUUGAGAUGGUUAGACAAGCAACAACACAGUUCCGUCUUGUAUGUUUCUUUCGGAAGUGGUGGCACACUUUCUCAUGACCAAAUAAACGAGCUUGCUUUGGGUUUGGAACUAAGUGGCCAAAGAUUCUUGUGGGUGUUAAGACCACCAAACAAGUUUGGAAUCAUUAACGACAUUGGUGCUAAAAAUGAGGACCCUUUUCAGUUUUUACCAGAAGGGUUUCUGCAGAGAACAGAAGGGAGUAGUUUGGUGGUUCCUUAUUGGGCAUCUCAGGUUGAAAUCCUAGGUCAUGGUGCGAUUGGUGGGUUCCUAUGUCACUGUGGUUGGAACUCCACGCUUGAAGGUGUUGUGCUUGGGGUUCCACUCAUAGCAUGGCCACUCUUUGCGGAGCAAAAGAUGAAUGCUGUUUUGCUGACAAAUGGUUUGAAAGUGGCUCUUAGGGUUAAGGUGAAUGAGAAGGGUAUAGUGGAAAGGGAAGAGGUAGCUAGGGUUAUAAAGAAUCUAAUGGUGGGUGAAGAAGGGGAAGAAAUUCGUAAGAGAAUGAAAAAGUUGGAAGAUGCUGCUGCUAAUGCGUUGAAGGAUGAUGGAUCCUCAACAAGAACCCUAACACAGUUGGUGCACAAAUGGAAACGUUUAACUUUGGGAGUUGCAUGA